AUGUCUCUCUCAUCUCGAGUCUCUUCCUCCAGGGCUGGGGGCAGCAGGGCGGCUGCAGGCGGAAGCAGAAGCGAUCUGGGGACCCACGGGGGUGCCGGCGGCUGUGGCCUGAGCCGGGGGUUUAGAGUCGGCUUUGGAGGGGGCAUUGGAGGGGGCGGUUUGGGAGGAGUCGCCGGCUGCGGAGCUGGCUGUGGUGGGGGCUCUGGAUUCGGCAGCGGUGCUGGCGGGAGCUUCUGCGGCUAUGGUGCUGGCGUGGGAGGUGGUGUUAGCCACGGGGGGCUUCUCUCUGGAGGUGAAAAGCAAACCAUGCAGAAUCUCAACGACCGCCUCGCCAGUUACCUGGGCAAGGUCAGAGCCCUGGAGCAGGCCAACGCUGACCUGGAGAACAGGAUCCAGCAGUGGUAUGUCAGACUCGGGCCAGGGUCUAGAGACGGCGGAUCUGGACGGGACUACAGCAAAUACUACUCAAUGAUUGAGGAUCUCAGGAACCAGAUCGUCAAUGCCACUGCUGACAAUGCGGGGCUUAUUCUGCGAACUGACAACGCCAGACUGGCGGCCAAUGACUUCAGGCUGAAGCACGAGAAAGAGCUGUCUCUCCGGCGGAGCGUGGAGGCCGACAUCAGUGGCCUCCGCCAAGUCCUGGAUGAGCUGACCCCGACGUGCUCCGACCUGGAGAUGCAGGUGCAGACUCUCACAGAGGAGCUGGCUUUGCUGAAGACAAGCCACGAGGAGGAAAUGAAGAGUAUCCAAGGGCGCUCUGGAGGAGACGUGACCGUAGAAAUAAAGGCCGCCCCGGGAACCGACCUGACUACGCUGCUGAAUGACAUGCGGGCACAGUACGAGGCGCUGGCCGAGCAGAACCGGCGGGAAGCGGAGGAGCAGUUCAACAAGCAGAGCGCAUCGCUACAAGCACAGAUUUCUACGGAUGCUGGGGCAGCCAGUUGGGCCAAGAACGAGAUAACCGAGCUGAAACGCACUCUCCAAGCCCUGGACAUUGAGCUUCAGUCCCAGCUGGCCAUGAAAAGCUCCCUGGAAGGGACGCUGGCUGAAACGGAAGCUGGUUAUGUGGCUCAGCUGUCAGAAACUCAAAGGCAGAUCGGCAGCCUGGAGGAGCAGCUCCGGCAGAUCCGAGGCGAGACCCAGUGCCAGCGUGCGGAAUACGAGUGCCUGCUGGACACCAAGACACGCCUGGAGAUGGAGAUCGAGACCUACCGCCGUCUGCUCGAUGGAGAGGGAGGCUCUGGUUCUGGAAGAUCGGACUUUAGAGACCUAGGAUCCAGGGACUCGAGAUCUGAAAGCCACUCUGGCCAACAGAGAGAUCCCAACAAGAUGAGAGUGACCAAGACCAUCAUAGAGGAGGUGGUGGACGGCAGAGUCGUCUCGUCUCAAGUGAGCAACAUUUCCGAGGUGAAAAUCAAAUAA